AAGAGAUACAGCAGAGGAAUGGCUCACGUGAGCCGGCGGACGCUGGAGUGGAUAUACUCACUGAUUCUUCUCACCAUUGUAUUGCUUUCAUGGGGAUAUGUCAUUUAUGCAACGCGAAUAGCAGCCAAAUGGCAACUGAAGGAGGACUACCCCACAGAAACACAGAACCUUUGAGAUGUGCCAAAGCAGAAAGGCAUUCCACAUCCAUCCACAGUAAUGUGUAAAAAAAUUCAGAGGUUCAAGAUUUGCAGAGCUGCGAUAGCAAAUAUUCAAAUGUCAAAAAUACGGAUUAGACAGGUAUUUGCAAGAAUUUCAUAUGUCACAGCCCUGUCAAGAUAAUGUUAAGGGUACUAAACUUUGCAAUCAUCGGCUAUGAAGAAAACUUCAAAAGUUUGACUUUCACUUCACUGAUUAUGCCGGUACAAAUUCAGAGGAAUGAGGUCUGAGGUUGGCAUCCUAAAUAAGCCACUACUAAGAAAACACCGCCAAACUUGUACAUCUAGGAUUGUGGUUCAAGUGACAAAGCCGGUAUACCUUUGAGGUGGAGAGGCCACUCAUUAUUUCCAUGUUUUAAAAAUAUUGUGCAAUUUUGUAAUUUUACUGUUAAAAGAAAUAAUAAAACUAUUAAAUGAACAAUCAA